AUGGAGGAAUGGAAUCAAACUACCAGUGGUUUCUUCUUACUGGGACUAUUUCCCCAAACAAAAACUGGCCUGCUCCUCUUCCUCUUGGUUGUCUUUAUCUUCUUAAUUGCCUUUUUGGGUAACUCAACCAUGAUUUUCCUCAUCUGGAUGGAUCGCCAUCUCCACACCCCCAUGUAUUUCCUACUCAGUCAGCUCUCCCUCAUGGACCUCAUGUACAUUUGCAGUACAGUUCCCAAGAUGGCCAUCAACUUCCUGUCUGGGAACAAUUCUAUCUCUUUAGUAGGUUGUGCUUUCCAAAGUGUCAGCUUCUUAACCAUGGCAGGUGCUGAAGGGUUACUCCUGGCAUCCAUGGCCUAUGACCGUUAUGUAGCCAUUUGCCGUCCCCUCCAUUAUCCUAUUCUCAUGAACAAGAGAAUGUGUUUGCUGAUGAUUGCUGGGUCCUGGGUCUCUGCAUCCAUCAAUUCCAUUUUCCAUACAGUGUAUGCACUUUGUAUGCCCUACUGUAAGUCCAGAGUCAUUAACCAUUUUUUUUGUGAUAUCCCUGCCAUGGUGCCUCUGGCCUGUAUAGAUACCUGGGCCUAUGAGUACACUGUGCUCUUCAGCACCAACUUGUUUCUUUUGGUCCCUUUCAUUGGUAUCAUGGCUUCCUAUGGCCGGGUUCUCUAUGCUGUUUACCACAUGCGCUCAACACAGGGGAGGAAGAAAGCUUUCACGACUUGUUCCACCCACCUGACUGUGGUGAGCUUCUACUACGCCCCAUUUGUGUACACAUAUCUAAGGCCUCCAUUUCUGCGCUCCUCAGAAGAGGACAAGAACUUGGCCGUAUUCUACACCAUCCUCACCCCUAUGCUUAACCCCAUCAUCUAUAGCUUGAGAAAUAAGGAGGUGUUGGGAGCUCUCCAGAGAGUCUUUGGAAAAUCCUUAUCUCAAAAAGAAUAG